UACACAGACAACCAUAGAUACAUAUAUACAAAGAAAUAUUAAACUUACCAUGAAGAAAAAUAUUAUCAACACAUGGUACUCUUUUGUAAACGUUCCCAAUGUGAUUGCUCCAGAUAUUGAAAGCGAAAUAAGAAGGAUGGAAAAUGGAGUGGGCAGCUCCUUUUCUGAUGAUGAUGAGGGUGACGAUGACAGCGCCUCCAUGUUUGAAGAAUCCGAGAAUGAAAACCCCCAUGCAAGGGAUUCCCGUAGACAUAACACACACAGAGGGGGGCCAUCACAGAGGGAGCAGUACCUGCCUGGUGCCCUUGCGCUUUUCAAUGUUAACAACAGCAGCAAUAAGGAGCAAGAGCCAAAAGAGAAAAAGAAAAAGAAAAAAGAAAAGAAGGGCAAAUCAGAUGAUAAAAAUGAAAACAAAAAGGACUCAGAGAAGAAAAAGAAGAAAGCAAAGGAAAAAGAGAAGAAAAAGAAAGAGGAAAAAGACAAAGAUAAGAAAGAAGAGGAGAAGAAAGAAGUCAUGGUUAUUGAUCCCUCAGGAACCACGUAUUACAACUGGCUGUUCUGCAUCUCUUUACCUGUUAUGUACAACUGGACUAUGGUUAUUGCAAGAGCAUGCUUUGAGGAACUUCAGUCUGAUUACCUAGUAUAUUGGGUCAUUUUAGAUUACAUAUCUGAUGUAAUCUAUCUUCUUGAUAUGUUUGUACGAAUAAGGACAGGUUACUUAGAACAAGGACUGCUGGUGAAGGAAGAGACUAAGCUCAUAAAGAAAUAUAAAUCCACCUUGCAGUUUAAACUUGAUUUUCUUUCAGUGAUACCCACUGAUCUGCUGUAUUUUAAGCUGGGGUGGAGCUAUCCAGAAAUCAGAUUAAACAGACUGUUAAGGAUCUCUCGAAUGUUUGAGUUCUUCCAGAGAACAGAAACCAGAACCAACUUCCCCAACAUCUUCAGGAUUUCCAACCUUGUUAUGUAUAUCGUCAUCAUUAUCCACUGGAAUGCAUGCGUGUACUUCUCUAUUUCCAAAGCUGUCGGAUUUGGAAAUGAUACAUGGGUGUAUCCUGAUGUUAAUGAUCCCGAAUUUGGCCGUUUGGCUAGAAAAUAUGUAUACAGCCUUUACUGGUCUACACUGACUCUGACUACAAUUGGUGAAACACCGCCCCCUGUGAGGGAUUCCGAGUAUGUCUUUGUGGUGGUUGAUUUCCUAAUCGGAGUGUUAAUUUUUGCUACCAUCGUUGGUAACAUAGGUUCUAUGAUUUCCAACAUGAAUGCUGCCAGAGCAGAAUUUCAAGCAAGAAUCGAUGCAAUCAAGCAGUAUAUGCAUUUUCGAAAUGUAAGCAAAGAUAUGGAAAAGAGAGUUAUCAAAUGGUUCGACUACCUGUGGUCCAACAAAAAAACAGUUGAUGAGAAGGAAGUCUUGAAGUAUCUCCCCGAUAAGCUGAGAGCAGAGAUUGCCAUCAACGUUCACUUAGACACUUUAAAAAAGGUGCGUAUUUUCGCGGACUGUGAAGCUGGGCUUUUGGUGGAGUUGGUCUUGAAACUGCAACCCCAAGUCUACAGUCCUGGAGAUUACAUUUGCAAGAAAGGGGAUAUUGGACGGGAGAUGUACAUCAUCAAAGAAGGCAGACUCGCUGUGGUGGCCGAUGACGGAGUCACUCAGUUUGUGGUACUGAGUGACGGCAGCUACUUUGGUGAGAUCAGUAUCCUUAACAUUAAAGGCAGCAAAGCCGGCAAUCGAAGAACAGCCAAUAUUAAAAGUAUCGGCUACUCAGAUCUGUUCUGUCUCUCCAAAGACGACCUCAUGGAAGCUCUGACUGAGUACCCGGACGCCAAAACUAUGCUAGAAGAGAAGGGAAAGCAAAUCUUGAUGAAAGAUGGUCUACUGGAUAUAAAUAUUGCAAACGCUGGAAGCGAUCCCAAAGAUCUCGAAGAGAAGGUCACCCGAAUGGAGGGGUCGGUAGACCUCUUGCAAACGAGGUUUGCUCGGAUCCUGGCUGAGUAUGAGUCAAUGCAGCAGAAACUGAAGCAAAGACUAACCAAAGUUGAGAGAUUUCUGAAACCACUCAUUGACACAGAAUUUUCAGCUCUUGAAGGAUCUGGAGUUGAAAGCGGGCUCCUGGACUCCACGCAGGACUGAAAAAGUGGUCACUAAGAAGGACGUGCCUCAUGAUCCUUUUGGGGGUGGGAUUAAGCAACUCUAAAUUGGAAAAAGAAGAAGGUGCAUCUGGAGCACUUUUUCCGUAAGGGGAGUGUG